AUGCAAGAUAGCAUACUCUUCAUUAAAAAUGGCGUCAUGAGUAGCCUGCCCUCUUAAAAUCUGCAGCUGUUCUCAGUUCUGAAGGUCGGAGACCUUGUGGAAAGGAGAUAGCGUUCGGAAAUGUGCGUCCGGUCAGUUUUUACUUGGUUUGGCGAAUCGCAAUGUCGGAUUUAGCCGACCGCAUGCUCUCAUCCAGGCCAAGGUUUUACAUCGUGUGGAGAUAGCUCACUGGAGUUGGAAAGGAGAAGCCCGUCAAAGUUAGAGAGAUCAAUUGUCCAAUCGGAUAAAUCCCUAGUGUGUUACGUCCUUUGCUCAAUUCCAUAUUGGCUGAUAGCUCGACCAGAAAAUUCGAUUUUUCGGAAAGAGUGAAUCCCGUUGGCACACAGCAUUGUGGCCCAGCGUUUCUGAAUCUCGGACAGUACACAGUGAAGGCCAUGUCUGAAACUGCAUGCAAGCGGUGAAUUAUUAUACAGAGGUGAAUAGUAGCCUAUGGGCCUGCAGGAGCUUUUCUAUAGUAAUUUAAGUUUAAAGUUAAGCAAGAUACCACACUAGCAAAUCUUUUUAAUCGAGUAGGAUCUCUUCUCCUUAGACUCAGCCAAGAGUCAAAAAACAACAAAAUUUCAACUGAAGACGCUCUUCCUCUCUGCAUAAACUACACCUUUGAAGGCGAACAGUCAUAUAUACUUUAUAAUUGUGGCGAACCAACCCACCCUCGUAGCAUCUGAUCUGGGGAGACCCAAUGAUUUUGUGGGAGGGAGGAUAACGUUUUUAAUUAGUAUCUGAAUAGGUUAUAUACUUGGUUUGGUGGAGCGCAGUUUCCGAUUAGGCCGACUGCAGCUCAUUCCAUAUCAAGGUUUUACCUCUAGGGAAGAUUUAUAAUCAGUGCUAGAAAGGGAAAGCCCAGCAAAGACCUAGCAAUCAGGCAAUUUCCUAGAGCAAUAACUGGAGUUGCAUCCUGAGCUGCAAGCUCUAUUUUUGUUGAAGCCUCGGCUAGAAUAUUCCUUUUUUCAAAUUCUCUGAAAGGGCAGCUCAGGUGUCCGGCAUAUUCCCACUACACCCAGCAAGCCCUAUUUCUUGAUGAAUAUAGCUGAUAGGUAGAUGCCAGGGAGUUAUCUUGCAAUUUGAGAUAUUAAAGCGAACUUUUCUAUAAUUUUAACUAAGAACCUUGAAGGCGAAACAGUCUGAAAACUCGUUUUCUCAGCUGGGUCCAUUAAUUACAUUAAAGAAGAGCUCGAACAGAAAGACGGGUAUUGCUACACUUUCAACGAUACUUUAGAGUACAGCGAAACAGUUGAGUCUUUUCCUACAGAAAUAGAGUCCGCGUUCCUCGAGUCCAAAAUCACGCUAACGACUGAAGAAGACCAAGCUUUAAACGAUCUUGAAAACAGGGUAUCAAAAGGGUAUUAUGAGUCAAAUUUCACAGAGGAAAGUGACAGCUUUGAGGACGAGUGAUCUGCGCUCUCCACAAAGGAAAGCGUGGAAGCCUGGAAAAAUGGCACUUUGUCUGUGCAUGAUACAGAAUGUUAA